AUGGGUGCAAUUGACGAGAUCGCAUAUCCACCAGUGGACGCCAUAUCCAGCAUACGAUACUCGCCAGACGGCAACACACUCCUCGUUGGCGCCUGGGACAGCAACAUCCACAUCUACACACGAAACGGCGAAGCAUGGCAGCUCUCGAGCAAGAUACCUUCCGAAGCGCCUAUCCUCGAUCUCGCGUGGAACGCCGAUAGUACAACCUUCUACGCCGUCGGACUCGGCCACGAAGUUGUCUCGUACACUGCGAAUGAGGGAGAGUCCAGCAGAGUCGUCUUAAGCACCCACAGUCAGGCUGCAAACAAGGUGGCAUACAGCGCACAGCACCACAUCCUCCUGAGCACGAGCUGGGACGGCACACUACACAUACACGAGCCACCUCAGAACGGAGCAGCGGGAAGAUAUGUCUCAGUUGAGUUGCCCGCGAAGCCAUUCGCGCUGUCCCUCACCACAGAUCGAGCAGUCGUAGUCAUGGCGGAGCGAAAAGUUCACGUCUACGACCUCCAAGCCCUCUCAGCCCUCGUCCCCCGAGCCGGCGACACCACCGGCGAACAACAAGCCAUCGCUGUAACGCCCUGGCAAACCCGCGACAGCAACCUCAAAUUCAUGGCCCGCGACCUCGCCUGCAUGCCCUCCGGCGAAGGCUUUGCCGCCUCUAGUAUCGAAGGACGUGUUUCCGUCGAAUGGUUCGACCCGGUCCAGAACGAGAAUGCCUACGCCUUCAAAUGUCACCGCGAAAAGACUACCGUCAAGACCGAGGAAGGUGAGGAUAAGCCGUUGGACGUCAUAUACCCUGUCAAUGCUAUUGCGUUUCAUCCUGAGCAUGGAAGUUUUGCAACUGGAGGCGGGGACGGGGUUGUGGCGCUCUGGGAUGCGAAGACGAAGAGGCGAAUCAGGCAGUACCCGAAGUUGCCGGCGAGCGUUCUCGCUCUGGAGUUCAGCGGAGACGGAAAGGAACUCGUUAUCGGUAUUAGCCCCGGCUUCGAGGACGGGCAGGAGGAUGCGGAACCAAAUCCUGAGCUUAUCAAGAUCUUCGUGAGGACUAUGGGUCCGGAUGAGGCGAAGGGGAAGCCGGCGAAGAAGUAG